CAGAACAAACGAUACGAUCUCCAAAAUCCGAACACAUUUUUCGAAAUCGGCGUGUGAAAAAAGAGAAAAGCAAAAUUUAAUACAUUUUGUAGAAUGCGCGAAGGCUGCACCAUAUAAAUAGUGGCAACAAUUGCGAUUUUUUUUCAGUUUGGAAUCAUCAUUGGCAGCGGCAGCAUCUGAAAUAAGUCAAUCUACGAGAUAAAAUUACUAAGAAAAAAUGGUUAAGGUACCGGCUAUUGGAAUUGACUUAGGCACCACCUACUCCUGCGUGGGAGUUUGGCAGAACAGCAAAGUGGAGAUCAUUGCCAAUGAUCAGGGAAACCGAACCACGCCUUCGUAUGUGGCGUUUAACGACACGGAGCGCCUGAUUGGCGAUGCGGCCAAGAACCAGGUCGCCAUGAAUGCCAAGAAUACGGUUUUCGAUGCAAAGCGACUGAUUGGCCGCAAAUUCGAUGACAAAAAAAUCCAGGAGGACCUUAAACUCUGGCCCUUUAAGGUAAUCAACGAUGGCGGCAAACCGAAGAUCGAGGUGGAGUUCAAGGGUGAACGGAAGCGUUUCGCUCCCGAAGAGGUCAGUUCGAUGGUGUUGACCAAGAUGCGUGAGAUUGCCGAGGUUUACUUGGGUGGCAAGGUAAAGGACGCAGUGAUCACAGUGCCGGCGUAUUUCAACGAUAGCCAACGGCAGGCUACCAAGGAUGCGGGAUCCAUUGCCGGUUUGAAUGUGUUGAGGAUCAUUAAUGAACCCACUGCCGCUGCUUUGGCCUACGGAUUGGAUAAAAACCUGAAGGGGGAGCGCAAUGUCCUCAUCUUCGAUCUGGGUGGCGGAACCUUUGAUGUCUCCAUAUUGACCAUCGACGAGGGUUCCCUUUUCGAGGUGAAGGCCACGGCUGGUGACACUCACUUGGGUGGUGAAGAUUUUGACAACCGACUAGUCAAUCACUUUGCUGAGGAGUUCAAGCGAAAGCACAAGUCCGAUAUCAAGGGUAAUGCCAGAGCUUUAAGACGUUUGAGGACAGCCUGUGAAAGGGCCAAGAGGACCUUGUCCUCCAGCACUGAGGCAUCAUUGGAGAUUGAUGCGUUACACGAGGGCAUUGACUUUUAUUCAAAGAUUUCCAGGGCCCGUUUCGAGGAGCUGAACAUGGACCUUUUCCGCUCCACAAUGCAGCCGGUGGAGCGAGCCUUGAGUGAUGCCAAGUUGGACAAGAAAGCCAUCCAUGAUGUGGUUUUGGUGGGUGGUUCCACCCGCAUUCCCAAAAUCCAGAAACUUCUGCAGGAUUUGUUCGGUGGAAAGCAGCUUAAUCUCUCGAUCAAUCCAGAUGAGGCUGUGGCCUAUGGAGCCGCCGUACAAGCUGCCAUACUCACCGGUGUGGGCAGCUCCCAGAUCCAGGAUCUGCUUCUGGUUGAUGUGACUCCGCUUUCGCUGGGCAUCGAAACAGCUGGCGGUGUGAUGACCAAGUUGGUGGAACGCAAUGCUCGCAUUCCCUGCAAACAGCAGCAGAUCUUCACCACCUACAGUGACAACCAGAAUGCGGUGACCAUUCAGGUUUACGAGGGUGAAAGGGCCAUGACCAAGGAUAACAAUUUACUGGGCACCUUCAAUCUCACUGGCAUUCCACCUGCACCGCGUGGAGUGCCACAGAUCGAGGUGGCCUUCGAUUUAAAUGCCGAUGGAAUUUUGAAUGUGAAUGCCAAGGAUAAUAGUACCGGGAAGACUGAGAAGAUCACGAUCACCAAUGACAAGGGAAGACUAUCCAAAGCGGAGAUCGAUCGCAUGCUCUCGGAGGCGGAGAAGUACAAGGUUGAGGAUGAUCGUCAAAGGGAACGGGUUCAGUCAAAGAAUAACCUCGAAGGAUAUAUCUACGGUUGUCGCCAGGCAGUCGAGGAGGCUCCAUCUGGAGUCCUUUCCGAAACCGAACGUUCCAAGGUGCGUGAUAAAGUGUGCUCCGAAACAACCUGGCUGGACAAAAACUCGCUGGCCGAGAAGGAGGAGUUUGAGCACCAUCUUAAGGAGUGCCAGCGUAUCUGUAGUCCCAUUAUGUCGAAACUCCAUGCCGGACCCAAGGGCAAGCAAUCGGCUGGCAAUGGCACUCAUCCCACUGUGGAGGAGGUGGACUAGCUGCCCCACUGCGCUAAAUUAUUCUGCAGUUGCAAAUGUAUUAUUGAAUACCUAAUUUUGGAAAUAAAUUAAUCUACCUUGUCGAGUAUUGGGUCACUUCGA